AUGAAGGCCUUCAAUUUAAUCGCAUCCAUCGCUCUGGCUCGAGACAUCCCAUCUUCAGACUCAUCCGCUUCCAGCCUCGAUGAAGUCAGAAUCUGGACCCCCGACACGACCGCCCGCGAAACCAUCCUUCUAACCGGCCCCGGCGACAUUCAAACCUACACGCUUCCAACCGACCCUACUUCUGGCGACUACUACCCUGACCAGUACAUUCGAAUCAACGUCGAAGCACCCGAGGGCUUCAAAAUCGUCCAGACCUUCAACUCCUUCAAGCUCGACGGCGUCGGAUUCACCAACGAGUGCGAUCAAGACGCGGUGAUCAUCUACGACGGACCGGACGGAAACGCCGAAGCGGCGAGGCUCUGCGGCAUUGAUGGACAGGACAACUUCAGCUUCUUGAGUACGAACAAUGUCAUGACGCUGGUUUUCAAGUCGAAUGAAGACAUCAUCGUGCAACCAGGUUUCGAAGCGCAAUUUGAGGCGGUCGAAUUGGAAGAAAACGAAAUUGCUUGGAUCAGGAUCAUGGAUGCUUUCAAUACUCUUACAUCCACCAUUUUCGUCGAACACGAUCACAAGAAAGACCACAUCCAGACCCGAAAAACCGAGCUGUUCAAGCGAAAAUUCAGCUUCAACUUCGCCUGGUUCGAAGAAAUGGCUGCCGAUUCCUGCACCAACUGGGCUGCCGCUGGGGAUUCUGCUGAAUUCGUCCCAAUUGUCAUCGAUUCCGUCAAUCAUUGCGUCUCCAUCAACAAUUUCAUGACUUCGCUCAGAAGUUUCUAUGAACGAUUUGUCUGCUUCGACACCUACGCCGAUCUGAAAUUCGAAGAACAGCGAUUCCGACGACCAAAACUCACGAACCGAAAACUCGACAAUCUGACCUACCGACUCGUCGAAAAAAAAUUCCACUUGAUGGGAUGCGACCAGCCAUUGUAA